AUCGCCGGUCCGCUGUGUCCCACGGACACAGCGGAUCACGGAAAGAGACGAAGAUGUCGGCUCGGUCAUGUGACCAGCUGUGUCCAAUCACAGCUGAUCACAUGGGACAUGUACACAGAUCAUCAGUGCACUGAUGAUCAGUGUGCCCUGAUGAUCAGUGUGGCCCCAGAAGUGCCACCUGUCAGUGCUCAUCAGUGCCACGUGCCAGUGCCCAUCAGUGCCACGUGCCAGUGCCCAUCAGUGCCACAUCAAUGCCACAUAUCAGUGCAUACCAGUGCACAUCAAUGCCACAUAUUAGUGCCCAUCUGAGCUGCCUUUCAAUGUCACCCAUCAGUGCCAGUCAGUGCCACCUAUCAAUGCCAAUCAGUGCCACCUAUCAGUGCUGCCAAUCAGUG